GAAAGGUCACAGCUGGGUGACUUUAACCUCCUUGUAAGUUUUCAAGUAUCUGGAUAAAACCUUGCUUUUGGGGUUUAAGAGCUGAAGCUACUGCUCCUCAGUCUCACUCUUCUUCUUUGAAUCUGAAGCUGAAGGCUUUAUUCAGAAGGGAACCGAACAUGGCGAGUGUGAUUAUGGCCCCAACCUUGAGCUCAUUCUCUGUAAACAGAAGCAGCAGAGAUUGCAGCAAAUGGAGUAGUACUAAUGGGAAACGCAGUGGUCUAACGGUGAAGGCAAUGCGGGUGGAGAAAAGUCUGGAGGAAUUGUAUGAAGUUAGAGUCGAGCGCAAAGUGUCGCCUGAACGAGUAGCAGAGCUUGGAGUUUCAAGGUGGUCAACGUGGAAGACCGGCAAGUGCAAGUUGCCGUGGGACUGGCAGGUGGACCAGCUGGUUUACAUUGAGGAAGGAGAGGUAAGGGUUGUGCCGGAAGGAAGCAAGAAGUUCAUGCGAUUUGUGGCUGGAGAUCUUGUUCGUUACCCCAAGUGGUUUGAAGCUGACCUUUGGUUCAAUGGUCCAUACCAAGAGCGUUACAGUUUCAGAGCAUAUGGAGAUGAUUAAUAGACUUGUAUUACAUAUUUUGACAUGAUAUAUAUGUGUACUCUUGCCUGCUUUUAAUGGUUUUGCUAGAGCUAAUGUCUUUUCCAGAACACAAAGAUCCGAUUUAGAACAAUUUCUUCAUUGAACCGUUUUUAA